AAUGUGCUUUGUUGGAGCAAGGUAUGGUCACUUUCCAGCCAUGCUUUCUCAUAUCAACAUCAAGAGAUUUACACCAACUCCAGCAUUAGUAUUUCUGAAUAUAUUGUCACUGGUGAUGCUGAGUACCAGUGACAUCUAUUUGCUCAUUACAUACUCAAGUAUUGUUGAGUCAGUGUUCAUCAUGCUGUCAGUCAGUGGUAUUCUGUGGUUAAGAUGGAAGCAGCCUGAUAUGAUCCGACCAAUUAAGGUGUCAUUGUGGAUUCCUCUGGUUUUCUUAGCAGUUUGCUUGUUCCUUGUGAUAGUUCUAUGCUAUGCACGGCCAUUUGAAGUUAGUAUGGGAGUCAUUAUCACAUUGACAGGUCUGCCUGCUUUCUGGGUUGGUGUUGUAUGGAAGAGUAAACCACUUUGGUUUCAGAGUAUGUUCUGUAACAUGACCUGCAGUGUACAGAAAUUGUUCUUAUCUGCAAGAGAAGAAUAGCCUUCGAUUUGGUUCGUCCUGGUCCGUCUUCUUUAAGAAUAUCCUUCAUUGUUAAUUGGACAGCAUCAGUUGUUGAGAAACUGCUGUUGGAAUUAACAAAAUCUGGCAGCUUGCUAGAAUACUAAAACCACCGUUUGUUCUGCCUUUAAUCUGAUUGGGUACAAAUGUUAGAAACGUUUUCAUUUCUUUGUUAAUUACUUUAAAAUUUUAUAGCUAGUAAAAGAGAUGAGAUUUUUAAGUUAAUUUUUUAUAAAAUUUGGAAACUGGUUAAGUGGAAAGUUUGUCAGAUAUGCUGAGAAUUAAUCCUUCCAUGAGGGUGGUUUCCUUUAUUUAUACAAAGGUUGAGUGGAAGGUCUUUGAUGGGAAUGAAAACUCCUAUCAAUUUGGUUUUCAUCAUCAGUAGGAAAAUUUGGCAGUGAAAAGGAAAAACAAACAGUUCUUCAGCAGGGGAUAGUAAUGAUUUAAACAUAAACAAGUUUGCCCACCUGAAAAUAAACUUGUUCAUAUUGUCACAUAUAGGUGGUUGCAUGACAAAUAAUUGUGGGUUCUAGAUUUGACGAUAUGGUUUAUUGGACGUCUAUUACAGUUACAGUUGAUUAUAACAGCUCACACAUUGAACUGCUUCCAAAGGACGUCUGACAAAUCUGUAUGAGGAAUCUCAGACUGCUCUCUAGUCUCGAAUUCUGGAUAUCUCUGCUACACUCUCCAGUACGAUUCACACAUGCAAAUGAAUUACACAUCCUUUUAUGACCUGGUGUGGACCGCAAACAGAGCACACAAUUGAAUGGUUUGUCUAUUGUAAUCUGCAUAUCUGUUGCCAGUGGAAUGUGCUUAGUGAAGCGUUGUCUAGUAGCCAGUCAUAUUCUGGCUUUCAGGUGUUGUGUCACAGUAUUCUCUUCAUGGUAGUACAUCACACUUGACUGAAACGUAGCUGUGACUGGGGUUGCCAGAUGACAGACCUUUCACUGCUGACCCCUGCCCACUAAAGAGAAAAGAAAUUUCAAUAAUUUUUCUUCAUUGUACAAGUAUUCUUUAUUUUUAUGUAUACUGUGCAUAAUACUAAAAUUAAUGAAUAUUCAAGCAAGCCAAAGAAAAACAAUUAUUACACCAAAAAAGAACACAGAACCAUAAUCUGCUUAAUUCCUGUUUAAUCUUUAUUGUUAUUAUACAUAUAUUAGUCCUACUUUUUUAAAAGCUGUUCUUUUCGAUCAAAAUUGUUAAUGUAUUCCCUGAACUGUGUACAGGUAAAGUCACAGUUAAAUUUGCUUCCCAUAUAUUUUUUUCACUUUACCACGUGUUCUUCUUCAUUCAGUCAGUCAUGGCAUUGGAAUAUAAAUCAGUAGACUGAAUUCUGUUAAUUUAAUCAGAUUAGGUGAUGUUAUGCAUUGAUGCUUAAAGAAAUUCAUUCCCUCCCCCCUGGCACUACAGCCCCAGUGGGCAUAGG